AUGGCUGAGUACGUCGAAGCUCGGUCGCUGGCGACUCUCAAUAACCUCGCCUCCAACCCUCCCCAGUAUCCCAAGAAGCCGACCGGUGAAAGACAGGAUCCGCUCACUCUUUACAUUUCGCGCGUUCCCGGCACCAGGGACAUUAUUCUUUCUACAUUGAAGCCCCAGGUCAAAAAUGUUACGGCCGAGGAUGUCGCCAGCUCGUUGUACUACGUGCAUCUGGAUGUGCCCGAAGAUGAACCUCUCCUGCCUCCGGACAUGUCCAGGGAAUCUCACACUCCUAGAUCGAGUGAGGAGAGCCCAGUGUCCCAGAUCCAUAGGAAGCCACUACCAAAUGAGCUAGAAUCGCCAUCGUCAGGAGGAGGUGGGGACGGAUGGACUGCGCCGGCGCCUACGGCAGAGAAGGAGAACCAUAGUCUCGGAAUGCCAACGCGGAAGCCAUCGCGAAAGCCCGUGCCUGGACAGAGUUCGGCAAUGCCGUCUGGUCAAAGGUCUCGAGCGCCCUCAAACCCGACACCGCCGACCGGGCCUAUCCAGCGCAAGCCCCUUGUGCCCAACUUGAGGACAGCUGAUGUGGCUGGGAGAGACCUCCCACCGGUACCACCCAGGCACGACCAGUCCCCCGUUUCUUAUCAUUCGCCAGCCGGUGAAGACCAACCCCCUCCGCUGCCAACACGACCCAAGGUCCUACCUCCCGCAGCCCAUCCGACGGACGGGUUCGCAUCUCAUGCGCCCGUCCCUAUGGACAACAGCCGCUCAGACUCACCCACCAAGCAACGUCCCUUUGUGCCCUUUUCUCUAACCCUCAUAAGGAGAGACCCGAGCUCGGGGCAGCAGUGGAAUGUCGGCAAGGUCGCCUCCUUCCAGCUGGAGAAUCCCGAGCUCAUCAGCGAGGAGAAGCACCACCAGCCCUCUCCGUCAGUGAGCAUCCACCUCGAAACAUCGGGCUAUGCCAAAUUCCGCGGCAUGCCCACCGACGUGGACAUGAAAGCAAUACUCGACCCGCGCCCCGGUAGCUCUUCAUCGGGGAGAAAGUUGCAGAUCCCCGAUACCCUCAUGCACAUGCCGGCCUCGGGAGCCUUCGAGCGCGAGGUCAAGAUGGCGUACUCACCGUCCUUUACCGCCAACCUCAAACACCGCUUCCGCCGCCGCAGUUCCGACGACGGACGACCCGCCUCACCUUUCAAACGGCCACAGGGCCACGGUCGCCACGGCAGCUCCACAUCGGUCGGGUCGUUCGGUGGGGACUUUGACGGCAGCGAGCCGCCGGUCAUUACGCAGCCGGCACCCGGCCUCAAGCCGCGCGGCUACACAUUCUACAGCCCUUGGGACGGGCGCUGCGAGUUCCUAACCGGCAACGGCGGGCGCAGUCUCAAAUGCCGCCACGUGCUGCCCAACUACGGUGGCGGAGUUUUUAACCCGCUGGUUGACGGGCCAGAAGAGGGCGGCAGUGGCGGCGGCGGUGGCGUCGGCUUCGGCGAGGGCAAGACACAGCCGAUCAGCGAACUUCGGUUCAACCUACCCAGCAGCGAGCUCUUCUCAGCCGAGCGGCGGUCCGGCGAGGGCGGUGUACGGGCGCGCGACCAGCUCCAAACACAUUUCAACCGCGUGCUCUCCAAGGCGCAGGGCCGCUCCAACGACUAUAACAGCGACAGUGAUGACUACGACGACAACUACCCGCUGGACCUGAGCCUCGGCAAGGAGAAAGCCGGGGGCGGCAACAGGGGCAAGAGAGCCAAGAUGGGUAAGCUGAUCGUGUUCGAUGAGGGCUUGAAGAUGCUGGACCUGGCUGUGGCGGCGAAUGUGGGCGUCUGGUGGAUUUCGUGGGAGCGGACUUAUUGA